AUGAAGAGAUUAAAUGACUCGUCCAGGUUAGGCAGUCAGGGAACUCUCGACAUCAAUGCAUUGAGUCUCACUUUGAAAGACUCCAACAAUGCCACUUGCCUGUAUGCACAAUGGGAGAUGAAUUUCACAGUAGAAUAUGAAACUGCAAACAAUGGCCUAAAAAAUGUAACAAUUCAGGUUCCCAGCAGCGCAUCAUUCAGCGGAAGUGAAUGUGGGACUGAGGAGAAUGUUCCCCAAAUUAAAGUCCAGUUUGGAUCAGGUUUCUUUUGGAGUGUGAACUUUACCCGAGCUAUUUCUACUUAUUUCAUUGACUUCAUCUCCUUUUCCUAUGAUACCAGCGAUAAUGACACUUUUCCUGAUGCCAAAGAAAAAGGAAAAGUUUAUACUGCUUUUGAAGUCAACAACAUUGAGGUUCCAUUGGAUCAACUCUUUAAAUGUUGUAGUUUAAUGAUGACAAAAGAAGGAAAUGUCAUUCACUCCUAUUGGGAUGUCCUUGUACAAGCUUUUGUCCAGAAAAACACCAUCAGCACAAAAGAGUAUGUCUGUGGCAAAGAUAGACUUCUGUCAACUGUAUUGGUGACCACUUCUUCUACUGUGCCUUUGCCCACUGCAAAACCCGUCCCAAAAGAAAAACCUCAUCCCGGAAACUAUUUCGUCAGAAACGGGAGCUGUAUUUGUCUCUUGGCCACCAUGGGGCUGCAGCUGAACAUCACUAAAAAUAAGGGUACUUCGCUUAAGAACCUUAAUCCCAAUACAACGGAUUAUGAUGGUGUGUGUCUUAAGGAAUCAGCUCUGCUUUGGUUGAAUGAUAGCAACCUGGGGUUUCUUGAACUUCUCUUUGCUAUAAAAAAUGGAAACCGGUUCUAUCUGAAAGGGGUGAAUGUCAGCUUGACUUUUGUAAACGGUUCUGAUUUCGUUGCCGAGAAUAACAACCUUAACUGUUGGGAUGCCCCAAUAGGAAGCUCUUACAUGUGCAACAAAGAGGAUAAUAUUCCAGUUUCUGACACAUUUCAAAUAAAUACUUUUGAUGUAAGGGUGCAGCCUUUCAGUGUGGUGGAAGGAAAGUAUUCUACAGCCCAGGAGUGCUCAAUGGAUGAUGACAGCAUUCUAAUACCAGUUAUAGUUGGUUCCGGGCUUGCAGGCUUGAUUCUCAUUAUAGUGGUUGCUUACAUAAUUGGCAGAAGAAAAUCCUAUGCCGGAUAUCAGACCUUGUAAAACGAAACACUGUUUACAUUACAGGAUGAUGAAGCAAGUGCAAGUUCCCAAAUUAAGCACCCUUCAGUUAAGAUACCCUUAAGUGCCACCCAGAGCCUAGGUGGAGGUGGAGGUAUGCGAUUGAAACAAGUGACAACGACAACAGUAACAAAACCCAAAAGAAAAUGCAUGAUCAUGUGGCUUUACUUUCCCAACUAAGAAAUGAACCAUUGGUCUUUGUUCUUUAUCCAUAAAAAAGAGAGAGAGAAAAGAAAGAGAGAAGCAUUCAUAACCAAAAGGCUUAAAGAUCCGAUUUUUGUAUUCUUGUAUUCUUUCAGCGUUUGAGCUUUAUACUCCUAUGACUAGAGAUAAGGAAAACGUUCACUAGUAAAAAGAAUUCCCGGGGCAGCUGGGUAGCUCAGAGGAUUGAGAGCCAGGCCUAGAGACGAGAGGUCCUAGGUUCAAAUC